AUGGACUGUACAACCACUGGGGGCCUCUCUAAACCCACACUCAGAGCUGUGCCAAGUAAUGUGGUAACCAUUGGGAAGCAGGUAACUCUACUUUGUGAAGGGCCCUUAGAUGCCCAGGAAUACCAUUUCUAUAAAGAAGGUAACCCAGAUUCCCAGGUACCAACAGCUCAUGAAGACACUGAAAAAAAGGACAAGAUCUUUAUCUCAUCCAUUAAAAGUCAUGAUGCAGGCCAAUAUCGGUGUUAUUAUAAAAGCCCUGCUGGCACAUCAGAACACAGUGACACCCUGGAGCUGGUGGUGACAGGUGUCUACAACAAACCCACCCUGUCUGCUCUGCCGAACCCUGUUGUAACCUUAGGAGGAUCUGUGACCCUCUCAUGUAACUCAAAUCAGAGAUACGACAGGAACCCUCCAGAAACCCUCAUCUGGGCUGAGCCAGGCUCUGUGAUCACCUCAGGGAAUCCUGUGACAAUCUGGUGUGAGGGAACUAUGGAAACACAAAUAUAUUUCCUUUAUAAAGAAGGAAGUCCAGCACCCUGGGGCAGAUUAACUGCGCUAGUGCCUGAUCACAGGGCCAAGUUUACCAUCCCAUUCAUGAGAGAGUAUAGUGCAGGAUGAUAUCGUUGUUACUGUUAUAAAUCUGCUGGGUGGACACAGCACAGUGACGCCCUGGAGCUGGUGGUGACAGGUGUCUACAACAAACCCACCCUGUCUGCUCUGCCGAACCCUGUUGUAACCUUAGGAGGAUCUGUGACCCUCUCAUGUAUCUCAAAUCAGGGAUACGACCGGUUCAUUUUAAUUAAGGAUAAGCAGUUCUCCAGUUCGAUGGACUCAAUAUAUGUAUAUACUGGCCUGUCUCCAGCCAGAUUCCAAGUGGGUCCCAUCACUCUCAGUGAAAGAUGGAGUUUCAGAUGUUAUGGUUAUCAUGCAAGCAAGCCUCAAGUGUGGUCAGAAGGCAGUGACAACCUGGAGCUUCUAGUCUCAGGUGAGGAAGCCACAUCCUCUCUAUUGAAUGACAUUGAACUUGAAACAGGUUUCCCCAGGAGACCCUAAUGUGUGAUAAGUACAGGGAAGGACAAGUUCCUGAGUCCACAUAUACAGCACGCAGAUUAGGGAGUCAAUAUACAGAAAGUGCUGAGGGAUGUUCUGAGAAGGGAGCCUGUCAGGGUCAGCAGAG